CAGAAUAAGAUGUCAAGGCAGGUGGUGAGGUUGUCCUCUGUAUUAUUUUGUUUUUGAGUUAUAAGUACCCUAGACAAAUAUUUUAUUAUUGUGUAAUGAGUUAAACUACUAUUUAUUUUUUUUCCCUUUGGACCUGCUAGCUGAUGUUGUAAUGUUCUGCAGUGCACAUGUUUGGACUCUCAGGGCCGCUGUUGACUAAUGUAGAGAAUUUCCCUUCAUUUGAUACGUUAAACACAGAAAGAGACGCACAUACAGCACACAGGCGUAGCUGAUAAACACAGGAGAUAUCCUCGCUGUGGUUUAUUUAUUUCGAGUUCAAGAAACACGGACAGAAUCCGUUUUGCUCUGGAGUACUAUCUAUUCGGGAAAACCAGGCGCUUUUGAGUACAGCAGGCAUUUUUUUUCUCCAGCUUUUAACGAAGAGAAAAUGUCGGGCAGAACAAUGAGAUGGCAAGUACUGUUGUUUGUGUCGGUCUCUUCCCUCAGCACAGUUGUCGGGCAGGUCGCUUACUCGAUUCCUGAGGAAAUGUCAAAAGGCUCUGUAGUUGGUAAUAUAGCGCAGGAUUUAGGUAUAAAUGUAAAGAGACUAAAAUCGGGUAAGGCGCGUAUAUAUACAGAAGACAAUGGAAAAUACGUCGAGCUGAAUAAAGACAGAGGCGUCCUGCUUGUCGGAGAAAGAAUUGACAGAGAGACGCUCUGCGGGCAGACAACACCUUGUGCUUUACAUCUUCAAAUUACACUUGAAGACCCGAUUGAAUUCUAUACCGUUACUGUCGAAAUUAACGACAUUAACGACAAUGCUCCGAGCUUCAAAAAGGAUGAAAUAAAAUUUAGGAUUAGUGAGUCGGCUGUGACUGGAGCAAAAUUUGUGCUAGAGCGAGCAAUGGAUCCAGACGUAGGUGUGAACGGAUUGCAGAGUUAUUCGCUACAACCUACUGACAGUUUUAAUCUAAAACUCCAAAAUCAGCAAGACGGGAGUAAAAAGGUGGAGAUGGUGUUGCAGAAACAUCUAGACAGAGAGGCGCAACAGCAUCUCUCUUUAAUUCUCACAGCUGUUGACGGUGGUGAGCCUCAGCUGUCGGGAACAGUGCGAAUAGAAAUUUCCGUGCUAGAUGUCAACGACAAUGCUCCAGUAUUUACGCAGGAAGUCUAUAAGGUGACUAUAAUGGAGAAUGCUGCAAAGGGUGCAAUUUUGUGUACUGUUAGUGCUACAGAUGCAGAUGAAGGUUCUUAUGGGAAGGUUAUUUAUUCAAUAACAAACACGUUAGACGGUGUCCCUGUAAUGUUUCACAUUGCCGAAGAAAGUGGUGAGGUAUCCCUAACUGGAAACCUUGAUUACGAAAAGGCACAGCUCUAUGAAAUACACGUACAGGCUAGUGAUGAUGGGGGACUAACAGAUUCAGCUAAGAUUCUUGUUGAAGUAACCGACAUAAACGAUAAUCACCCAUCUAUUAAUAUAAUGUCUAAAACAAAUUCUGUAACAGAAAAUUCAAGGCCAGAAACAGUUGUAACAAUUUUCAAUGUUCAAGAUCCCGACUCUGGUGAAAAUGGCAAAGUAGCAUGUAAUAUCGAAGGACAUGUGCCAUUUCUGAUCAAAUCAACAUCUAAAAAGUUCUUUAGUCUAGUUACAGACAGUGAUUUAGACAGAGAGAGAGCCUCUGAGUAUAACAUCACUGUGACCUGC